GCGGCGCCGGGACAGGAAGCGGAAAGCCAGCGCUGCGGCGGCGGGUCGGCGUCCACUGCACCCAGCUGCAGGCCGCGGAGCCGGGGCCGCGGGGCCGCCAAGCCUGGCCGGCUGGCCGGAAGGGUUUGCUCCCACGCGGCUUCCCUGGCUCCCCAAGGCCUCUGACACUUGUGGGGGCCAUAGGUCACUACCUGAGGAAGACGCACCUGGCCCUCCGUUGCUAUGGAUACGGAGUCCACCUACUCUGGGUACUCCUACUACUCCAGCCACUCCAAAAAGUCUCACCGACAGGGAGAAAGAACUAGAGAGAGACACAAAUCACACAGAAAUAAAGAUGGUAGAGGGUCGGAAAAAUCCGUCACCAUUCAAGCGCCGCCUGGAGAGUCCCUGUUGGCAAACGACUCUACGCAGACCGAGGAAGUGCAGGAUGACAACUGGGGUGAGACCACCACGGCCAUCACAGGUACCUCGGAACACAGCAUCUCCCAGGAGGACAUCGCCCGCAUCGGCAAGGACCUGGAGGACAGCGUGGGGCUGGACUGCCGGCGCCACCUCAGCCUGGCCCUGGCCGCCCUUCUAGGCCUGCUGGUCUUCCUCACGCCUGUAGCCUUCCUUCUGCUGCCGCCCGCGCUGUGGAGGGCAGAGCUGGAGCCCUGCGGCCCCAUCUGUGAGGGGCUCUUCAUCUCCAUGGCCUUCAAGCUCCUCAUCCUGCUUGUGGGCACCUGGGCACUGUUCUUCCGCCGGCCACGAGCCACCGUGCCCCGGCUCUUCGUCUUCCGCGCCCUGCUCCUGGUCCUAGUCUUCCUGUGCGUGGUCUCCUACUGGCUGUUCUUUGGGGUCCGCAUCCUGGACCCGCGUGACCGGAGCUACCAGGGCAUUGUGCAGUACGCAGUCUCCCUGGUGGACACGCUGCUCUUCAUCCACUACCUGGCCAUUGUCCUGCUGGAGCUGCGGCAGCUGCAGCCCGCGUUCACUCUGCAGGUGCUCCGCUCCUCUGACGGCGAGGCGCGCUUCUACAGCCUGGGCCACCUGAGCAUCCAGCGAGCAGCUCUGGUGGUUCUGGAAAAUUACUACAAAGAUUUCUCCAUCUAUAACCCGAACCUCUUAACAGCCUCCAAGUUCCGAACAGCCAAGCACAUGGCCGGCCUGAAGGUCUACGACGUGGACGGCCCGGCGAACAGCACCACAGGCCAGUCCCGUGCGAUGAUUGCUGCAGCCGCACGGCGCAGGGACUCCAGCCACAACCAGCUGUACUACGAAGAGGCAGAGCAUGAGCGGCGGGUGAAGAAGCGGAGAGCCAGGCUGGUGGUGGCCGUGGAAGAGGCCUUCCUCCACAUCCAGCGUCUCCAAGCCGAGGAGCAGCAGAAGGCCCCGGGGGAGGUGAUGGACCCAAGGGAGGCAGCACAGGCCAUCUUCCCGUCCAUGGCCCGAGCGCUGCAGAAGUACCUGCGCACUACGCGGCAGCAGCACUGCCACAGCAUGGAGGGCAUCCUGCAGCACCUGACCUUCUGCAUCACCCACAGCAUGACGCCCAAGGCGUUUCUAGAACGAUACCUCAGCGCAGGCCCCACGCUGCAGUAUGACAGGGACCGCUGGCUGGCGACACAGUGGAGGCUGGUCAGUGAAGAGGCGGUGACAAGCGGGCUGCGGAACGGGAUGGUGUUUGUCCUGAAGUGCCUGGACUUCAGCCUGGUGGUGAGCGUGAAGGAAAUGCCCUUUACCGUCCUCUCCGAGGAGUUCCUGGACCCCAAGGCCCACAAGUUUGUUCUUCGCUUGCAAUCAGAGACGUCGGUCUAGAACUUCUGCACAGGUGGCUUUCUUUUAAAAAGAAGCAGCAGCAGAAGAGGAUAAGCAGAGAUGUGCCUGUGCUGAGGGUCUCGUGAGUUCUUGGUGACGGACUGGCAGUGACAGCAGCCCCUGUGUGCGCCCGCACUUUACUUGAAGGAGGAAGGGGUGGCACCGCCCCAUCCACAGCCCCCCGUGGCGCUUGGGGCUUCUUUGUGGAUGGAACUUUUCAAGAAGCUGUGCCCAGAGUUCCUGGGACAGCAACCAACCAAAGUGGAGCUGCUGCCGCCAGCCCGGAGCCCACCCCCAUCGGCUCAUCCCUGUGACAGCUGUCAGUCAAAGCAGAGCUGCUGCAGGGAGCCCCGCCCCCCAGCCACCCCCCUUACGCUCCCCCCCAUCUCUGGGCUACUCCCCAUGCUGUGAGGGGACUGGUCUUUAUUUGGCUUCAGGAUACCAGAUACUGUGCCCGUGUGUGUGUGUGUGUGUGUGUGUGUGUGUGUGUGUGUCCCCGCACCUCCCUCGGGAGGGAGUGGUGAGCGGUUCAGAAGAUGCCCACCUUGUCUUUGUUCUUUGUUGCCUUAUAUCCUCUGAGAAAGAUCUGUCGGGUGGCGGCCAUCCUGUGCGCACUUUGUUUUCUGUCUCUGCUCCUGGUCCUCUGCUGGCCAAGGCCCACAGCCCUUUCCCAGCCCUAGGAUUGCUGGAGCUGGACCGGCCAGGCUGCCGUCCCCACCUUGCUUCACACCAGCCUGGGCUCCCACACUGAGGGUAAGGGGCAGGUACCCCUCGGAGCCUGGGGAAGCCAGUUCUAAUCAGGCUCAAACCCAGCCCCACCGGGCAGCUCAGGCAGUGCCAUCCACUCCUGCCCAUCCCCGGCCCCUCAGCCUGUGUGGCCUCCGCUGUGUGCCCUGCCCUCAGGUAUGUCAUGUGGGGAGCGAGGAGGAGCUGACGGCCUGGUCCAGAACGUUCCGUCUCCCAACCCCUGAUUCUGAAGGCAGCCAGUGUCAGGGUGGUAAGCAGAGGCACCUCCUCGCAGGGCCUGCUAUGCCUUGUCCCAGGCUGUCUGGGACUCAGUUUACCUUCUUGAGUCUGCAGCAGGCCUUUACCUGCAGUUUCCUAAACAUGCCCAUGGGGUGGGGGGAAGGCAGGUACGCAGCCCACCCAGUGGGUAGGUUCCUAGGGUGUGUCAUUGUCACUGUUUUAAAUCAGAACUGGCCUGGGAGGUUGGUAACACACCUAGACCUGGAAGAGGCAACUUUAUUCUUGAGUCUGAGUCUCUGUGCCAAGAGAUAAAUUAGAGGAGAAGAAGGGAAGCCCCGGGGGGGG